UAGAAGCAAUGGAGAUGAGGUAUCGAAAUCUCUUUGUACUCUCCGUUGUUCUCAGUCUCGUAUCAACAGCUUCUGCUCAACUUCGGACAGAUUACUACAAAAACAUCUGCCCAAAUGUUGAACAGUAUGUCCGCGAUGCAGUUGCACAGAAGUUCCAACAAACUUUUGUGACUGCCCCAGCCACUUUAAGACUCUACUUCCAUGAUUGUUUCGUUCGGGGUUGUGAUGCUUCAGUGCUUCUAGCAUCGCCAAAUAACAAGGCUGAGAAGGAUCACCCAGAUGACCUUUCGCUUGCUGGGGAUGGAUUUGACACCGUUGUCAAAGCAAAAGCUGCUGUUGAUCUGGAUCCUCGGUGCAGAUUCAAGGUUUCAUGUGCUGAUAUAUUGGCCUUGGCCGCUAGAGAAGUUGUAGCCUUGACUGGUGGCCCACGUUAUCCGGUUGAAUUGGGAAGACUUGAUGGGAGGAUCUCCACCAUAGCCAGUGUUCAACAUAGUCUUCCUCAGCCUGGUUUCAAUUUAGACCAGCUUAACACCAUGUUUAGCUCACAUGGUCUCACGCAGACAGAUAUGAUCUCACUUUCUGGUGGGCACACGAUUGGGUUCUCUCACUGCGGCAAGUUCUCUAGAAGGAUAUACAAAUUCAGCCCCACCAAACGAAUUGACCCUACGCUUAACCCAGCUUAUGCUUUGCAGCUUAGGCAGAUGUGCCCACUAAAUGUGAACCCCGAUGUUGCCAUUCAAUUGGACCCCACCUCGCCUCAGGUUUUUGAUAAUGCCUACUUCAAGAACCUUCAGAAAGGAAUGGGGUUGCUCGCUUCUGAUCAGGUCUUGUUUACGGAUCCAAGAUCAAAGGAUACUGUCAACCUGUUUGCAUCAAACACCACGGCAUUCUAUGAGGCUUUUGUUACUGGCAUUACCAAGCUCGGACGGGUUGGAGUGAAAACUGGAAGGCAGGGUGAAAUCCGCCGUGAUUGCACUGUCGUUAACUAGAAGAUGUGUCCAUGGCAACUUCGUGCAAAGUUGUUUUCAUCUUUCCUUAUAGUUGAAAUGUUGAACGUCUCUGAUUCUGAAUUAUUUUCCAAUUAAUAAAAGGACUAGUAUGUAUUUUUUGGUAAUCUUAAUAAAAGGAGUCACUGAAUUUCGGACUUUAAUGUCUUGUAUAAGAAAUAGAGUUAUCAUGUUUUUGGCUGA